AUGAGUUCCGAAGACGAAUUGGGAAGCAUUGGUACCGUGUCGCACGGUACCCCCAUGAAUAAGACCAUUGACAGUAUUCUUCCACAGUUUGAUGAAGAAGUAGAGUCCUUGCUGGAGGACAGCUUCACGUGGAACAUUCCCGACUGGAACGAACUGACGGAUCCGAAGUACAGUUCUCCCAGGUUUAAAAUAGGUGAUUUCGAAUGGGAUAUUCUGUUGUUCCCCCAGGGAAACCAUAACAAGGGUGUUGCGGUGUAUCUGGAGCCUCAUCCAGAGGAAAAAUUGGAUGAGGCCACGGGGGAGAUGAAGCCGGUUGAUCCGGAUUGGUAUUGCUGUGCGCAGUUUGCCAUCGGAAUCUCCAGGCCCGGAAAUGAUGAGUCCAUCAAUCUGAUUAACAAGUCUCACCACCGGUUCAACGCCCUUGAUUCAGACUGGGGGUUCGCGAAUUUGAUAGAGUUGAACAACUUGAAACAACCCUCAAAGGGGAGACCGCUCUCGUUCUUGAAUGAAGGGAGUUUGAAUAUAACAGCGUUUGUCCGCAUAUUGAAGGAUCCUACAGGUGUCUUAUGGCACAAUUUUUUGAACUAUGACUCCAAAAAGGUGACUGGUUACGUCGGGUUUCGAAAUCAAGGUGCCACAUGCUAUUUGAAUUCGCUACUGCAAUCGUACUUCUUUACGAAAUAUUUUAGGAAACUGGUGUACGAAAUACCCACUGAACACGAAAGCCCCAACAACAGUGUCCCCCUGGCUUUACAAAGGGCUUUCUACCAGUUGCAAGUGUCCGAUAUACCAUUGGACACUUUGGAGUUGACUAGGUCUUUUGGUUGGGAUACUGCCGAAUCCUUUACCCAGCACGAUGUGCAGGAAUUGAACAGAAUAUUGAUGGACAGACUAGAAAAUAACAUGAAGGGCACGCCCGUGGAGGGGAAGUUAAAUGAGAUAUUUGUUGGUAGGAUGAAAAGUUACAUCAAGUGUAUUAAUGUUGACUACGAAUCUUCCAGAGUGGAAGAUUUCUGGGAUUUACAAAUGAACGUCAAAAAUUUCAAGAAUUUACAAGAGUCCUUUGAUAACUACAUCGAAAUGGAGCUAAUGAAUGGCGAAAACCAGUAUGCGGCGCAAGAUUACGGUCUGCAAGAUGCUCAAAAGGGUGUCAUAUUCGAAUCGUUCCCACCAGUUUUGCACUUGCAGUUGAAGAGGUUCGAAUAUGACUUCAAUUACGAUCAAAUGAUAAAGGUUAACGACAAAUAUGAAUUCCCGGAAACGAUUGAUUUAUCACCCUUUGUUGAUAAAGACGUAUUGAAGAAAACGUUGAACUCUGGAGAUGAGGGUAAUCCUUAUAUUUACAAUUUGCAUGGUGUCUUGGUCCACUCCGGCGAUAUAUCCACCGGACAUUACUACACAUUGAUUAAACCUGGUGUUGAAGAUCAAUGGUACCGAUUUGAUGACGAACGAGUUUGGAGAGUCACCAAGAAGCAAGUUUUCCAAGAAAAUUUUGGAUGCGAUAGGCUAUCUGAUGAAAAAGUUCGCACAAUGGCAAGGGAUGACUAUCAGAAUUACAUCAUCCAGCGUCACACAAGCGCUUAUAUGCUCGUGUACAUACGUCAAGGCCAAGAGCAGGAUUUGCUGCGUCCAGUCGUGGAAUCUGAUGUUCCUAAACAUGUAAUUACAAGGGUUAGAGAGGAAAUUAAAGAACGUGAGGCAAGAGAAAAGGAAACCAGAGAAGCACAUCUGUACGUUACGCUCAGGUUGCAUUCGAUGAAGGAGUUUAUUCAUUAUGAAGGUUUCGAUUAUUUCCCUCACGAUGGAUUUAAGCUUUUCACAGAGGAACUUAAUGACUCCAGUUUACAGCAAAUCAGUCUAAGGGUCCUGAGGACAACCAAGUUAUCUGAUAUAUUUGCAAGUAUCAAGGACUCCAUGAAUAUCCCAAUGGAAAGAGACGUCAAAUACUGGAAAAUGGAUUACCGCAGAAAUGAUACUCUACGUUUAACGCAACCCAUAAAUUUUGACUCCGCAAGUAUCACUUUACAAGAGGCAUUGAAAAACGAAAACAAAAGAACUUUGGAAAUACAGUAUGGAGAAGGUGGCGCGGCCAGUGCUGAUGAAGUAGAUAAAAGACCUUUAGAAACCGUGUCCUUCUUGGAUCUCUUCAUCGAAGAGCCCUACUUGGAAUUGCAAUUUUUGAGCAAGUUGAAAGAGGCUUCUUUAAUCUCAAAGACUCAGCUUGAUGACGAAUUGAUAUCCAAUAUCAGAGUUAAUCUCCCAAAACUAAUAGAGGGGGGGAUAGAGCCUCUUUUUGCCGCGGAAAAUAACUCCAAUUUGUUGUUGGUGAAGAAGUAUGACCCACACGCCCAAAAACUACUAGGGUUUGGCCACUUCGCCGUAAACCAGUUGCAACAACUAACCGAUUUGUCUGCAAUUAUUGAGAAAAGCAUUGGGGGUUCCGACGAAAGGUUAACUUUCUUCGAAGAGGUACAACCGGGAACCCUUAAUGAGAUAUACAUGAAAGAAACAGUGUACGACGCUGACGUAGAUACCGGUGAUAUAAUCUCGUUUGAGAUUCCAAAUGCUGUCCUGCCUGAUACUUUCCCAAUUUACGCAACGAUUAAAGAUUUCUACUCGUAUCUGAGAUAUCGCGUGAAGUUGAAAUUUUCGAAAGUUGAUGGUUCAAGUGAGGAGUAUGGCGUUAGUAACGCGAUCCCAGAGAGCUUUGAAUUCUGGAUUUCUGCUCACGCAACAUAUGAUGAUCUUGCUAGGAUGGUGUCGAAGUUUGCACACAUUGAGCCAGAAUAUCUAAAGAUCUUCGCCCUCUAUUCCAAUGGAAGAUUCGUGCUAAAAUCAACCUCAAUUCUGAACGAUUACCUCUUGAAAGAUUUCAAUUGUGACCAGAUCCCACCUUUUGCGUUUGAAGUUUUGUCAGUACCUUUGAAGGAGUUAGAACGUUUGAGACCUAUCAAAUUGUACUGGUUAAAAAACAGUUAUAUUCAUUACCAAUGCUUUGAAUUUGAAGUUGCUAACGACUACACAGAAACUCAGUUCUUAGAAAAAGUUCAGAACAAGAUUGGCUUCACCGAUGAAGAAAAGGGAAACAUUUUGCUUUGGACUAAUUCUAAUUUCCAAUUUCAAGGUUUAUUAUCAGACCAAAACACGUUCAAAGAUGUGAGUAAAAACUCUUUACUUUUUGGUAGAAUCUUGCCCGAAGAAUCGAAGUUGUUUAGAGAAUUAAAUCGCCUAGAGAACGUUCAAGCAUCCUCAUCGGAAGAUUUCUUGGACGAUGAAAAUGUGACAGGCAGACCAGUAGACGAUGAGCAAGAUCUUGGAAUGGUGACAGAAGGUUCUAAAGACAUCAAGGGGCGUAUAGUAGUUGUUCAGCAAUAUUUCAAAGAUCUCGAAAAUAGACACGGGAUAUCUUUCUUGUUCAAUUUGGUACCGGAUGAACCAUUCCCAGAGACAAGAGACCGUCUUCAUGCGAAGUUUGGACUGGGACAGAAGGAAUUCUCGAAGAUCAAACUAAGCAUUGGCUACUCUACCGAAGAGGGUACAGUAUUUAGAACUUUGCAAGGGUUUUCAGACGAGGAACUAGAAAAGAUUGUACUGUAUGAUAUUAUGUCCAACCUGGAUUACAUCUACAUGGAUCAUCCAGAUCGAUUGAGAUCACAUUCUUCUUAUGAUAGACCAAUGAUCAUCAAAAACUGA